AUGGGCCCGCGCGACACUUUCAACUUUGACGAGGCCCAAUACGAAACAAAGCUACGGGAUCCGUCCACCUCCACUCGAGCACUCAUCAGAAAACAUCGCCAGAAGGUCAUGCUCAAAACCUCCAACAAGGUCGUCACGUUCACCGGGCUUGCCGCUGCUCUUCCCACCGCGGGCAUCACGCUCAUUGGGAGUAGCUACGCGGCGCGUCAGUGGGAUGUGCUCGAUCAGCAGAAGGACCUGAUCGAGGCGGAGUUGAGGAGGAGGGGCGAGCCGGUCCCACGCGAACGGGACAGGGACAUUGCGGCCGGCAUGACCCUGGGCGCAGUAUCGUUCGCAGGGACUAUGGUCCUGCCGGGUGUGAUGGAUGCUGCGGCAGGGGUUGGGAUGAAUAGCAUCACCGCUGCCAAUAGCUUCGCAAGCACAGCCGCAAUGCCUGCCAGUGAUAUGCUUACUAUGGCACACGGCGCCCUCCAGGGAGUCCAAGCGACGAUCGACAACCAAUCCGCCAACUUCACCGGUGCCACGGCUGAUUGGACAACAACCGAUUGCGCCGCCGUUCCCAACGCAGCCGCCAUCUCUGCGGGCGCGUCCAUCGGUAUACACGGCAUCACGGCGGUCGAGGCAAUGGCUUUGAAUAUGGCGCUCCAGAAGUCGGGGGAGGCGGUGUUCAAGCCGCCGGGUGCGAAGAAGGGGCAGAUGGCGGUCGAUCAGGCGGCGAAGGCUGUGAUGGAGCUGGCGGACGCGGAUGCGAGGGUGGGGCAGAUCAAGCAGCGUCGAGGCGCAUACACCCCGGUCGACAUGAACACCACGACGAGAGGGACGUCCGUAGGACACGUCAAAUCACCUGAGACCACACGUCGAGGUAUCCGAGCCCCCUCGGACUCAACCGGGACCGUCCAACCCUCCCGCCGUCGAAUGGUCUUCAUCCUGCUGUCAUUACUGCUGGGCGUAUUGUUUUGUCUGUGGAUCGAUAGGUUCCGUGGCGAGUAA